AUUCGCGCCGGCAGAGGCAGGUAAGACCAUCGCAAGAGGGGAUAUCCACGCACAACACAAAGACCGGUCCGCAACUGUUAACCACUAUCGGGCGAAGGAAAGCGAGCAGCCCAAGUCCCCAAGUCAGUCGACGAUCGGGUCUCGAGGAAAAAGCUACCGCGCGCUACACCGGCUCAAAUUCGUGAAAGCACGCGUUCCGCGAAGAACGCGCGAUGAUCGCGCACCGGUAGUGAAUUAAAAAUUUCGAAUCAAAUCGAUUUAAAAUGCGGUCGAUCGGACUGGUUUGCGCGGUUCUCAUCCACCUCGCCGCAGCUUCGAAGCUGCGACCCGUGAACAUGACCAAGUGCUGCAAAUUCGACGAGCGCCUGGACAUCGGCACCAAGUCGUGCGCGCCGCUGGGAUCAUCCGCGUGGAGCUUCGAAAUCUACCAGAUCAGGAAGGCGAGCUUCACGGAGCAGAAGGCCUUCCCGGCGCACUGGAGGGUGCGGGAGGCCGUGCCGCCGCCCUGCCCCAAGCCCCAUUUGCUGCUGUUCGAAGGCAAGAACAACAUCGUCUUCAUGAACGGCUCGGUGUUCAGCACGAUCUUCGACAGGGUGUUCCAUCCGGCCGAGUUCUGCUUCGAUCCCAAGGCGAUUCUGGCGUGCAUCGACGAGCCGGAGAGCUUGAUCGCGAUCAAAAAGUGUUGCGGCGAUCACGCGAUUUUCUCCGAAACGAAGAAGAACUGCCAGCAUUUCAAAGACGAUAGUUACAAAAUCGACGUCGGGGAGAAUAAGAUUUUGGGCGCCGGGUUUCCCCCGUGCGCCAACAACAGCAUGCACGUGGUGGGCGCGCUGCACAAAUCCACGAUUUUCAAUAACGGGAGCUUGCUGGUAGAUAACAAUUAUCUAUUGGCUCCCGAGAAUUUCUGCUUGGAGCAUAUACUCGAACAAACAGGUCGAUCUGCCAGUAUAAUCACCUGCCCGGAGUUCAUGCCGAGAAAAUCGAGCAACACCGUCUCCGAAGCGGACACCGACAUCCGGUUCACCAUCUACCCCAUCGGACUGGCCAUCAGCGCCAUCUUCCUGGCGGCCACCCUGGUCGCAGGAUCGCUCCUUCCAGCCAGCCACCACGUCCUGCACUGGAGGUGCCAGACGAACCACGUGGUGUGCCUGCUCGUCGGUGACGUCCUGCUCUGCAUCACCCACCUGUCCAGGUCCAUAGCGCGUUUGCCAUGCUUCUGCAUAGCCGUAUCGAUGCUCUUCCUAUUUUUGUCUGCGUUCUUUUGGCUCAACACCAUGUGCUUCAACAUCUGGUGGACGUUUAGAGAUCUGAGACCGCAAAGCACCGAAAAGAGCCAAGAGAGGCUAAGGCUGAGGCUGUACGAAUUGUACGCCUGGGGCAUACCACUCCUCAUCACUGUGAUAGCUGCUUCGUUAGAUCUGAGCUCGGAUUCCUACGAUGUUCUGAGGCCCAGAUUCGCCGAGAGCAAUUGCUGGUUUUCUGGCGAUAGCGAGAAACUCACGUACUUCUUCGGGCCGGUCGGUCUCCUGCUAUUCGUGAAUUUGCUGCUGUUCGCUCUCACGGCCAGGGAGUUAACCUGCGGUUUGUGGAAGAGAGAACUCGUGAAAUCGACGACCGAAAGGGCCGCGCUAGGCAGGGUCUGCUUAAAACUCGUCGUGGUGAUGGGUGUAUCGUGGAUCGCCGAUUUGAUCUCGUUCAUCGCAGGAGGACCGCAGGAAAUUUGGUACGCCACCGAUUUAAUCAACAGCAUUCACGGAGUUUUCAUAUUCAUCGUAGUCGGAUGCCAGCCGCAGGUGCUGUCUGCUGUUAAGAGGAUUUGGUGCAUGAGGAAGAGGAGGCAAAACGGGACGGCAGGGACUACUAACCAUCACUCGAUGAGCUCGCAAGGGCCGCCGUCCAUGGGGGAUACCCUGACGAAUACCAAUAGCUGCAUAACGAACGGUACGACCAAAGUGGUACCGUUGGAGACGAGCUGCUGAAACGCCCCGGAAUCCGAUUAGAUGUCGGAGUUUAAUCGUGCUGAUGUAGCGUUAGGGGUGCGGUGAUGAUUUGAUUUGUUUUGAUCGAGGGACUGUUGUCGGAUGAAUAGAUACUCCCCCCCGUUCUUUUGAUAUUAAAAGGUGAUCGUAGAUUAAAAAGCUCCCGUGUGAGCCAUCGUUAAUUUCUUCCGUCGAAGUAGAUGCCAAUAUUUUAUUUUUGUACGAAAAUCUUGUUUUAUGAUCACAAUCGCCACACUUAAUGAAGGAUAUUUAUAGCAUACAUAAGUAUUCUAAGUUGUAACUUAUUACUCUAUCUUGCCGUAAUUUAUUUUACUAAAAGUGUAUGCGUAAAUACGAAUUAUUUUUUACUUUCAUAGGAGAUCAAGUUUUAUUUUAGACUCUUAAGUGACAGACAAUAAAGCAAUAUUCCUUAAAUUUUUUUGAAUGUUCAGUUUUAUUAAAACUUAAUUUUCUUAAAACGGAACAUUUUUGUAGAUUUUGCUCAAAAACGUACCUAAUAAUUUUUUGUAAGGG